AUGGUGGACGUGAAAUGUCUGAGUGACUAUGAAUUACAAAGGGAACUUGAUAAGCUUGGAUUUUCACCUGGCCCAAUACUAUCUUCCACCAGAAAACUGUAUGAAAACAAAUUAAUACAAUUGUUGGUCUCAUCUCCCUGUGCAUCACCUGUGAUGAAUGGACCCAGAAAGCAGGACGAAGCUCAGGACAAUGAUGACAGUAAAGAGCUUAAUGCCAUUAUUGUUUUGAAAGGAAAUAUCAUACUCUCAUCAGAAAAAAAGAAGGAACCCAAAAACAGACCCAAGGCUUUCACCACUCAACCAAAAAUGCAAGCUACCUACUGUCAGGAUGAUGAGCAGAAUCAGAAAAUAAGGUGGGCCUCAGGAGCACCCUACACCAGAUUCAAAGAAUGGAACAACACCAAAAAGAAAGACGACUGCACAAUAAACUGGAGUGAUGAGAGCAGGAACCUAGAAGGUUUUCCAGUGGCCUUGAAGCUUGCUGUGUUUGGCAUCAUCAUCAUUGUGAUAUUUGUCUACAUAACUGUGGAAAGGAAGCCGUUCUUUGGUUAA